AUGCCAGGACUACCAUCCAGCAUCGAUUUGGAUGAGUGUAUUGAACGACUGUACCGGAAGGAGUUAUUAGCAGAGUCGGUUAUUGAGGCAAUAUGCGCCAAAGCGAAAGAACUGCUCAUGAAAGAGAGCAAUGUCGUCCACAUCGCCGCGCCCGUUACUGUCGUAGGAGAUAUCCACGGCCAAUUUUACGAUAUGAUUGAGAUCUUCAAAAUUGGCGGCUUUUGUCCGAAUACGAAUUAUCUAUUUCUCGGCGACUACGUCGACCGCGGCCUCUUCAGCGUGGAAACAAUCUCGCUCCUUGUCUGCCUUAAACUUCGCUACCCGGCCCGAGUCCACCUCAUCCGCGGAAACCACGAAUCCCGUGGCGUCACCCAGUCCUACGGCUUCUACACCGAGUGCGCCCGCAAAUACGGCAAUGCCAACGUCUGGCACUACUUCACAGACAUGUUCGACUUCCUCACCCUCAGUGUCGUCAUCAACAAUCAGAUCUUCUGCGUGCACGGCGGCCUAUCACCGUCCAUCCACUCCAUCGACCAGAUCAAAAUCAUCGACCGGUUCCGCGAGAUUCCACACGAGGGGCCCAUGGCGGAUCUCGUCUGGUCCGACCCCGAUAUGGAGCGUGAUGAGUUUUCCCUUUCGCCCCGGGGUGCGGGGUACACCUUUGGCGCGCAGGUGGUGAAGAAGUUCCUCGAGGUGAACAAUAUGAAUCAUAUUCUCCGUGCGCAUCAGUUGUGUCAGGAAGGGUAUCAGGUACUCUACGACGAUCGGCUAAGUACUGUGUGGAGCGCGCCGAACUAUUGCUACCGCUGUGGGAACCUGGCAAGUGUGCUUGAGGUCAGCGAUACUGGGGAAAGGUAUUUCAACAUCUUCGAUGCAGCGCCUGAGAAUAACGAUGUACACCGUAGCGAGCAGCAGGCGCAGCAGCAGAAUAAAGAUGGGCAUAAUCCUGUAACUGAAUAUUUCCUAUGA